AGGCGUUCGUGGGGGUGAUGCCGUCGGUGGGGCUCUCCCGCCACUACUUCUACCCCCGCAUUGACAACGCGGAGGCGAUGUCAUCGGGGGUGGUGUUCCGCGCCCGCGACCAGAUGAAGUCCGAGUUCAUUGUCCGGUCGGGGAAGAAGAUCGAAAAGGAGUGGCGGAGCGAUUGGUGCUGGGUCCGAGUGGAGGACCCCCAAGAGUUCAUCUAGUCGCCGACGGAGCUGCCGCAACCUCAGAACGGCUGGCAAGACAGGUAUCACCGCGACGCCGAUCUCCUCCCCAUCGUGGAGAAGAUCAAGGCGCUGCGGCUAGCGGGGCUCACCGACGUGGACGUGGCGCGCACCUUCGUCCACCGGCGUAUAGCGCCGCUUCAACUGCGCUCCCGACCCGCAUGGAUGUACACGAGCCUCGGGGACAGGACACGCCUCCAGCAAGACGGCGUGUACUUGGAGACCCUCAGGACGUGGGUGAGGGGGAUCUACGGCGAGACCUUCCAAUCGACGGAGUUCCCGCCUGGGGUUUCCUCUCUUCACGCCGGCGUUGCGGCGCUCAGCGACAUCGUCAGCGCCUUCCCGCUCUGCAACGAGUGGGGGUUGAUGGACGACACCCCUGCAAGCACCCCGCGAAAAGCGGUUGCUCGAGGAAAGCGGGGGCGGAUCCGAGCCCAGCUGGCCCUCCCUCCAGUCGCUGGACGACGAGGCGGGCCAGGCGGCUGCAUCCCCGGAAGUCGUCCCCGUGGACGACGACGACGAAGACAACGACAGCGCGCCCCUGAUCGUGAGGAGAUCACGGGCGUUUGCACCGCAGCUAUCUCCUCGACGGCGACAUCCGCCACCGGAGCGGCCACCACCCUCUCGGCGGCGGCCGCUUCCGGGGCGCCUGCCGGAACCUCCGCGGUGUCCGCGGCCGCAGGGGUCGCCGGAGCUUCAGCGGCGGCCUCUGCCUCAGCGGCAGCCGCCAGCACCGUGGCGGGACCCGCUCCCGGGGCGCCCGCCGGUACUUCGGUAGCGCCCGCGUCCACAGUGGUCGCCGGAGCCUCGGCAACGGUUUUCGCCCCAGCAGUGGCGACCUCCCCAGGAUUGGCUCCCGGCACCGCGGUGGCAUCACCGUCAACACCCGCGACACUUCGGGUCACGAUGACCCCGCGGGCGCCUACGGCGCCGCCGGCUCGGGGAGUCUUCCGGGUCUUCGCGCUCCGGCAUAACCCCCUGAAGUCCAACUCGUCGGCGGGUGCCAGCAAGAGAGCGAGGAGUGAUUCCCCACCCGCCACGCCAAGCAAGAGGGCGCGCACAGACGCCAGCGGCACCGCCGACCCCACCGCCGCAGGGGUAAGCAGCGAUAUGAUCGCUCCCGAUGACGACCUAGCCCCCACGGAGGCGGGGCCGGCAACUGGGAGCGGCAGCUCGCCUACGGCAAGCCUCUCGGAGGCUCCCGCCGGUGCAGGCAAGGCAGGAGAGCCCCCCCCCCCCCGCAAGUUCGCCGCAAGGUAACCAACCUGGUCACCCUUGUCCGUUUCCAACAACUCUAUUACUCACCAAUCCUCAUAUUUCCCAUUGUUGCAGGCACAAGUGCGCUCGCACCCGGAACGGGCGCGACCGUGGUUGAUCUUGACCCGGUCGUCGAGAUCACGUGGGCGGAGGAGGAGCCGGAACCGGCUCUCACAUCGAGCCCCGCCGCACCAGAGACAGUGGCAGCGAUGGACACCGCCGCCCCUGAGGCGGCGCUCCCGCAGCUGGCGGACGCGACUGGCGCGGGCUCACCUGCCGCUCAGCAGGAGACAGCUCCCGCCGAUAGCAGGGAGGCUUCCCCAACCCCGGGGUCCUCGGGCGGAGGCGCAGGGGAAGUUGCCGGGGAAGGGCAGCAAGGCCCUCGGGAGCAGGUGGUCGACCCUGCGCACAGCCCCACGUCAGCAGCGGGGGCCUCGUCGUCCUCGGCUGCUCUCCCCGGUACCGACCUCGACAUCCUCGCCGGGAUCGCUUGGAAUCCUAUCACCUGGGAUCCGAGCAUCUUCGAGCGGGGACACCGGUUCCUGGACGCCGUCAGGGACCAACAACAAGCCUUCGUCACCUCCUUCAACGAGGUGACGGAGCACCAUGCCGCCGCCAAGAGCUAGCUUGGCGAGGUGCGGGAGGCCGUGGAGAGGGAGCGGCAAGAGCUUUCCCGGCUGCGCGAGGAGACGCGCCUCGCCAGGGAGGAGGCGCUCCUCUCCCGGCAAGCCUUGGAGGACGCCAGGGAGCCGGUGGUCCCAAAGGCCGAGCUCCACCGGCAGCUGGAGGCCCAACGCACGAAGCUUCAGGGGGAGUUGGACUCGAUGGCAGCAACCCUCGAGGCGACUAGGAAGGAGCAUGCCGAGGUGGUCGCGACGGCCCAGAGCCGGCUGGACAAGAAGAGUGACCUGAUCGCCAACUUACCGCGGUGAGAUCCAGGGCCUUCGCAUCAUGCUACAGGUGUAAGUCAAGGCCACCGAGGAAGCGGUGGGAGCGGCGGCCUGGCACGAGCUCCAACUUGGCUCCGCCAAGGACAGAGCGGAUAGGCUCGAGACCGAACUGGCCGCCGUCCGGGAGGAGCUCGCCAAGGCCGGCAACGAGAUCGCGGUGAAGACCGCGGAGCUCGCGGUGAUGGAAGACAACGUCCGCAAAGCCAAAAAGGCCGCGCACGACGCUCGACUCCAUCACGGCACGCUGAUCGGGCAGCGGCAGAUUGAAAAAGAGAAGCUGCUGAAGAUUGCCCAAGCGUUGUGCGAUCCGCUGCCCAAGUUCGAGCUGCAGGCUGCGGUGGUGGACGGUACGGACGUCUCCACCUUUAUCCCCUUCUUCUCCGACUUGGUGGGGAAGCUUGGGGCGCUCGACGUCUAGAUCGCCCAGUACGGCGCCAACGAGGUUGCCAACUGCUCCCGGGAGGUUCCCGGGACAAUCCUCCUGCGGAUUCACCUCCGGGACUCGGAGUUUCCCUUCGAGUCCCUGCUGGACGCUUUGUCCGACAGCGAAGACGAGCCCACUCACACCCAAGCAGUGCGUGAGUUCGUCGACGAGGUGGUCGAGCGGAUGCAGAUGAAGCCGGAGCCCGAACUCCCCGCCGACCCCCCGGCCGAAGACGCCGGCAACUAGUUGCCGCAGCCCCCAGCCGUGCUUGCUGCAUUACAAUGUAUCUUCUUUUGUUUGGUUUUCCCUGCAAGUGUGGCGCUUAGCGCCGUUUGAACAAUUAUACUUCGAUUAGCCCAUGGAAUCAUUCAGUACUCAGUUAAUCAAGC